GUUUUAUGAGUUAAGUACAGUAUUUGCAACAAAAUAACUUCAAAAAUACAAUAAAUUAGUUUCAAUAAUACUUUAGAAAUAUGCUUGUUAUAAUAAUCGGUGGUAUAUGCAUAGCAUUGGCAUUAUUUUACUAUCAAAGGGUUAGACGGAUGACAAUAUUGGAAAGGCAUGGCAUCCCAGGCCCUAAACCGCACCUCAUAUUUGGAAAUAUGUUUGACUAUAACACUCGGGGCUAUAAUGAGUGCUACGAUGAGUGGAAGACCAAGUAUGGCCGGGUAUUUGGCUAUUAUUUGGGCGCAAAGCCAUUCAUUGUGGUAACGGAUCCGGAACUGUUGAAACUGAUCCAAAUCAAAGAGUUUCACCACUUUUCGCACCGGCCAUACAUUAUUCCCGGUGGUAUAUACAGGAACUGGAAAUAUCACCAAAUGGUAACUCGCGUGGAGUCGUUUCGGUGGAAGAAGAUGCGGACAAUACUGAGUCCGUGGUUCAGUUCAUCGCAACUCAAGUCAGUCGUCCCCAUAAUCAACGUCUGCAUCGACCAUAUGAUGGCCAAACUGGAGGCCAACGCCGGCGACGGACACGACUUCAACAUAUACUCGCUUCUGGAGGGUCUCACGAUGGACACCAUCGAUAGGUCGGCCUUCAGUAUACGCACCGACAUUCAGGACCAGUUUGAGGGCAACCCUCUGAUUGAGGCCACGAGAGGCGUCUUCUCCAUCAAGCCGUCCGACUUCUUGGCCUCACUAUUGCUGUGUUUACCGGAGUUUUCGGUGAUAAUCAAUAUUCUUCGUGAUAUCAGCGAAUGGUUCAGUGAUUACUUCGGCAACUCAUCGCACGGACUGCUACUAAAGGCCGGGCGGACUAUACUCGACAAUAGGCUCGAAGCCAUUCGCAGUCAGACUAACGACAUGUCGGGCGCCGGAAGGAAAGACAUGUUGCAGUUGAUGGUCGACGCGCGCGAUUCUAAUGGGAGUACUGAUAGGGGAACGGGAGAUAAGUCGCUAACGGAUGUCGAGAUCAUAGCCAACACUAUUGUGGUUCACGAGGCGGCCUACGAGAGUCCGGCUAACAUACUGGCCUUCAUUAUACAUAAUUUGAUUCAAUACCCGGAUAUACAGCGAAAACUAUGCGAUGAGAUCGACGGCCUGUACGCCAGGGACGGCCGGUUUGACUAUAACGUGAUGUCAGGCCUACCGCUAACCGAAGCGGUGGUGUGCGAGACGUUCCGUCUGUUCCCGACGGACACACUGUUCACGAGUCGAGCGCCGGAUAUGGACUACCGGUUCGGCGAACACGUGUUGCCGAAAGGGGUGGACAUACGGAUACCGACGUUUCAGUUGCACCGGGAUCUCGAGCUCUGGCCACAGGCGCUGCAGUUUAAUCCCAUGAGGUUUAUGGACAAGGAGUCUACAAUUGAUUCGGUGGUGUACCAGCCCUUUGGUGUCGGUCCCCGUAUAUGCCCGGGUAAACGGUUUGGGUUUCUCGAGAUUAAGCUAGUGUUGGCUAAAUUGCUGCAUAAUUGGGCGCAAAUCGAGAUCCACACCAAUGAGGGUCAACCCGAUAGCCAACAGGCCUACUAUGCUGGUGUGGUAGAGGGCUACCUGACCCACGAGCUAAUCGCAAAUCAUUACCACAACAAACUUCACGACUAUUUUGCCGACGACUCUGGCUAUGAGUUACGACUCAAACAAUUCAUGGACACAAACCUCGAGUUUAUGGCCAAACAGGUGCACACCUACCGGUCCACUGAUCCCUAUUGGCAUUGUGUGGCACUAGUACUCGAACAGAUCACUGGCCUUCAGGAUGGCUACGAUUGGCGUACGAGAGGUCACCGGCCAUUGGGUCCGCGCAUUGAUAUCCGGGUCUUUCAAGAGGUGUUUCUAUUGAAUCUGAUCCCAGACUUGGAUGUGUUGGAGGAGGUGUUGCGCAAGAAGUGCGUCGACAGACUGUUAGGCGAAGGCAAGUGCUCGGCGAUUGUCAAACCCCUGGCCGACGGCACCGACCUAUUGGUGGCGCAUAACAUGUGGUCAACGUAUCACUCGAUGUUACGAUUGGUUAAGAAAUACGACUUUCGCUACCAUAUGCUGCCCAACAGUAAUACCGGCGCUACUAAUGGCUUGAUUCCGGGUCACUGUAUGGCUCAUACAUCAUAUCCCGGAGCCGUACUAUCGUUAGACGACUUCUACAUUACAUCCGCCGGACUGGUAGUACAGGAGACGACGUUUGAGAUCCUAAACAACGAGACUCUCUGGGAAUCAGUGAAACCGGAUUCAGUUCUCGAGUUUAUCCGCGUUUUGGUGGCCAAUAGGCUGUCCACAGGGGGCGCCCAAUGGGCACAGGUAUUCAGCCGCUAUAAUAGCGGUACGUAUAACAGCCAGUUCAUGGUUGUCGACUACAAGCUGUUCCGCACGGGUACGACACCGGACCAGUUGGCCGACAAUACCCUCUGGAUCUGCGAACAGCUACCGGCGCUCAUUCGCAGCCAGGAUAUGACUGAACACCUGCGGCGCCACCACUACUGGCCCUCAUAUAACGUGCCGUUUUUCGACAAUAUCUACACUAAUGGCGGUUAUCAUGAGCUGACCCACAAGUACGGCGACUACUUCUCGUACUACCGGUGCCCGAGAGCGCAGAUAUUUAGUCGCGACCACAGCUCAGUGCGCGACACGACUUCCCUCAUGCGUCUCAUGCGCUCCAACGACUACACCGUUGACCCCCUGUCCCGGUAUCCGGACUGUACGCCCGGGUAUUCGGCGGACUUGGCUAUCGCCGCCCGAAACGACUUGAAUGAUCCGGACGGCCGGUACGCCAUACCGGUGCUCGGGUUCAGAGCCCGGGGUGCCAUCGAUGCAAAGGUUACGGGCAAUGAUAUGGUGCGCGCGUACGGUAUGUAUGCUGUGAGCGGACCCACACAUCUGUCUCAGCCACCGUUCCAGUGGUCGACCACUCGGGUGUCAGGCGUACGACACGAGGGACAGCCCGAUAAGUGGCACUUCCCUCCCGUAACUGUGGACUGGCUUUUCAUCUUUGGCAACUACUUAGUCGUUUGCGAUCCCAUUCCUCACCGCAACCAUCGGUACUCUGUGUCGUCUCACGAGAAGUGA